AUGUACAUUUUCGGUGGAAGUGACAGUCACUACGAUCGCGAGUCCAUGUCAAGUCGCAGCUCCAGUGAAUAUGGAAGACUGGACUCUGGUCGACAUGUCAACGACAUGCACUCGUUUAACUUGGAAACCAACUCGUGGUCGUUGGUUCGUACCAGCGGAGAAGUGCCGUACCCUCGAGAGGGGGCUUCGAUGAUUGCCCACAACCAAAACUGCUUGUUGUUUGGAGGAUACGACCACGACCUGGGUUACCUCAACGACGUCCACGUCUUCAACUUUGAGAGCCGAGUUUGGUCGAGUUUGGAGACGAAGGGCACGCCCCCAGCAGGCUGCCAGAACCCGCUCGUAACUCUGCACAACAACUCUCUGUUUGUGUUUGGUGGGAAGACUGACCCGAACUUGUAUGAGCUCGAUCUUGAAUCCAACACUUGGACGGCCGUUGCUUACGAAGGCCCCGGUCCGAAGAGCAAUGCGCCUGCAGGGUGCGUGUAUGACGGCAACUUGUUAGUCUUGAGUAACCACAGCGAUGCGGUAAGCUUCAAGCAGAUGAAGCUGCCAGAGAAGAAGACCGAAUCGAAGACCCCAGAGGACCUCGAGCCCGAUGAAGAAGGCACAGCCGUGGCUCACCUUCGCUCGCUCGUCAACAACCAACUCAUGAGCGAUGUCACUUUCAUAGUCGAAGGAACGCCGAUUUUCGGUCACAAGAGUCUUUGCGUGCGCUGCAACUACUUCAAAGCCAUGUUCACCGGAGAGAUGCUGGAGAGUACAGCAGCUGAAGUUAAGAUCUCUGACGUCAGUUGGACGACAUUUCUCUCUCUGCUGGAGUACGUCUACACCGAUCGACUGGCUGUUGCUGAUAAAGACGUCAAGGAUUUGUUUGUGGCUGCAGACCGGUACGGCAUCGAAAGCCUUAAGCGACGCUGUGCCCAGAAACUACUGAAGUCAGUGUGCGUGGACAACGUGUCAAGCAUCCUCCAGGCAGCCGACCAACAUAGUUCUCCGUCGCUGCGAGACGAGUGCUUCGCCUUCACGCUUCGCAACUUCGACACGGUCUCGAAAACCCCGUCAUUCCUUGAAAUGGCCCGCACCAACAUCGAAUUGGCUCUACAGAUUCUGCAGCAGCGCUAG